AUGAAAAGCACCUGCACUUUGCCUUCACUAUCUGAGGUUCUAACUCUACCAUCUGUAUCUUGUCAAAGAGGCCAUUCAAGAAAGACAUAUGUGCAUCCAUCACGAAUAGCUCACAAUGAGCAGUUUGCCUAUAGUCCCUGUAUAUACGAUGAUGCUCCAUUAAGCAGCAUGACAGCAGAUCAAUUUUUUGAAGAUGACGAGCCUGUUAAGAAGCGGAAACGAGCCACACCUUCACAGUUACAUGUACUCAACAGCGUGUUUGUUCGAACACAUUUUCCUUCUACAGAGCUCAGAAUGAAGAUAGGAAAGCAAUUGGGUAUGAGCCCUAGAACCGUGCAAAUAUGGUUUCAGAAUAAACGACAAUCUCGGCGAACAAAAGAAAAGUCUUCCAAUAAUCAGCUUAUGUCACCACCUAUAUCACCA